AUGGCUAGUGAUGAGAGUUUCCUAGUGCUGGUACAUCACAGAGGGUCGAUUAAGAAAAAAACUCGGUCCGGCGUGAAGUUCACUGAUAAGGAUCCCCUAUGUAUUAUCAUGAGGCCAACAACCACCUACGAUGCUCUUGUUAGCUCUGUGCUGGAGAAGCUUGGUCUCGAAGGAGUUAAAAGGGUUAAGAAGUUUUUCUAUCGCAUUCCAACAGCGGUGCUCCAUGAUACCGUGAAGUUUGAUUGUUCCACGAUCGGGAGUGAUGAGGACUUGCAGGUUAUGUUUCUUUGUCGUAGGCAGUUUUCUGAGGUAAGGACACCAGAGUUGUUGGCAAAGUUGGUUGAUGUGGUAUCUAGCUCGGGUGGUUCGAACCGGAAUGCCAAUACUAUAGCCGCGGUUGCCGGUUCGAGCUCGAGACCUGCGGUUGCUUCAUCCUCUGUUCCUGUGUAUGAGCCACCGAUGCAGCCUGUUGCCUCCCCUUCAUUUGCCGUGGAUCUGAGCGCCAAUGUUGGAGACGAGGUUCGAUAUGGGGAACAUCUUCCCACCGAAGUGCAUUGUCCUACACCGGCUGGUGUUGGUGAUGGUUUGUUUGAUGAUCCAGAUGACGAUGACGUCGAGCCGGAUAUGAUCGCUGAUGAAAGCGGCGAUGAUCUUAGAACUACUGGUCCGAGAAGGGCUACAGGUGGAUCUAGUUCUGGCACACAGCAGUAUCCACCCCAUUUUUUCGCGUUGGACAUGGAUGCCAUGCGGCAGGACGAAAAUGCUGUGCAGGCCUCUGGAUUUGGGGCUAGAGAUACCGAGGGGUCUGCCGGUAUGACCGAGUUCCAGGUUGGCCAACAAUUUCAGGAUAAAGAUGAGGCGCUGUUGAGUGUGAAGACGUACAGCAUCCACCGAGGGGUCCAGUACAAGGUCGUUGAGUCAGACUACCGCAGGUAUGUGGGAAAGUGUUCUGAAUUUGGGAAUGGGUGCACAUGGCUGAUUCGGUUGAGUCUCCGACAGCGGAAGGGCCAGCUAACUUCACGACAUGUCUGUUGGCCACUCGGCACAUGCACCGGUACAACCAUGCUAGUGCCGCCGACCCCCAACUGUAGUGACCCAUCUCCUCAAGCCGAGCAACAUAUGGUAGCCAUCUGA